AUGAACCCCGAUGCGAGUUUGAUUACUGCGCUCGUAGAGCGGUGGCGACCCGAGACGUCGAACUUCCAUCUACCGUGUGGCGGUGUCGCUAUUGUUAGGAUUGUUUGGCUGAGGGUUGAAUUCAGUCAUCUGCUGGAAAAUGCAUCACAGGAGGUUAUAGAGCAGUUUGCACGAGCUUAUGCUCUAUCUCUGAUUGGAGGUGUACUUUUCUCGGAUCGGUCUGGAGCUACGGUGCACCUACAGUACCUACUUCUGAUUGAGGAUUGGCAGAGAGCUGGACGGUUCGCCUGGGGAGCUGCUGUUUUAUCCUACCUGUACCGUGAGAUGGAGACGAGGGCACAGGCCACCGAGGAUGCAUCCCCACGUGGUCUUCGAUGGCUUUCGGCCAACAGUCGUCAGUAUGGUGACCAGCUAUUCCAGUACAGGCUGUGGUUUGACGCGAUGGACACCGUGGUGUGGCAACCUUACCUUGAGAGAGCACUUCAUCUCAGAGGUAGUGUGAUACAGUCUGAGACAUUUCGAGCAGUAGUGCCACUUAUCUGCUUUUCAUCGAUGAUGUGGCAUCAUCCAGACCGCGUGCUCCGGCAGUUUGGCAUGAGGCAGCAUGAGCCUCAUCCUGAGGCUGAGGUUAGGUUUUUUCUUCGCCAGGCUACUCGUGGGCCAUCUCAUGGGCAGCAGUUGGUACACGCCUCUAGAGAGUCGCUUGCUUUUUGGAACCGUCGACAC